GGACGGCCCGGGGCGGGGCGGGCGAGGCUGCAGCGGCAGGAGGGCCACGUUCUGGCUGCUGGCACUACGCGCGGAAGACCAUGUCCGGGGGCAGCAGCUGCAGUCAGACCCCGAGCCGGGCCAUCCCCGCCACUCACCGGGUAGUCCUCAGCGACGGCGUGCAGCUCCCCCCCGGGGACUACAGCACCACCCCCGGCGGCACGCUCUUCAGCACCACCCCGGGAGGUACCAGGAUCAUCUAUGACCGCAAGUUCCUGAUGGAGUGUCGGAAUUCACCUGUGACCAAAACACCCCCACGGGACCUGCCCACCAUUCCGGGGGUCACUAGCCCUAUAAGUGACGAGCCCCCCACUGAAGCCAGCCAGAACCACCUGCAGAACAGCCCUGAAGAUAAGCCAGCGGGCGGUGAAGAGUCACAGUUUGAGAUGGACAUUUAAAGGACCAGCCAGCAGAUCGAGCAAUGCCUCUGGGCCUCUCUGGCCCUUCUCCGGAGAAGCGUCACACCGCCAGUUAUCAUCCUGGGCAGGCACUGGGUGGGGGUCCACCACCCCAGUCCUCUGCUCCCUCAGUCAGGGCACCAGUCCCCCCUUCCUCUUGGUGAACACCAGCAGAUACCUCUUUGUGCCUCCAUUCAUGCAAGAGCUGGCACCCCAAGGGAGUGACUCUCAAGAGCACACACCCUGCAGCCUGGGGCCAGGAAGUGGACUUGGAGGAGCCCUUCUGAAUGACCAUCGGCUCUCUUCCUCUGAGGGCACACCACCCCUUCCUUAAGUUGGUGUGCUUGGGGAAGUCCCCCUCCCCUACUUCCUCAACAGAGGAAAUAAAAGCCACCGUUGCCCUUG